CGAGACUAACGAUGACAGAGACCGUUCCCACAGCAGCGCCCGCCACGGCCAAACCUAAGGCCCCCAGGAAGAAGGCCGCGGGCAAAAAGAAGGAGGGUCCCAGCCUCCAGAAGCUCAUCACCGGCGAGAUCGCCGCAUCCAAGGAGCGCAAAGGCGUCUCCGUGGCCGCGCUGAAGAAGGCUCUGGCUGCGAAGGGCGUGGAUGUGACCAAGGCCAACAAGCGCAUCAACAGCGCCCUGAAGAGACUGGUCACUUCAGGCGCCGUGAGCCAGACCAAGGGCACGGGCGCCUCCGGUUCCUUCAAACUGGCCAAGAAGGAGGUCAAACCCAAGACCGUGAAGAAGAAGGCCGCCGCCAAGCCCAAGAAGCCCGCGGCAAAGAAAGCAGCCAGCCCCAAGAAGAAGACGACCGUCAAGAAGCCUGCGGCCAAGAAGCCUAAGUCCCCGGCCAAGAAAGCGGUGAAGAAGGCAGCGCCCAAGAAAGCAGCGGCCAAGAAGCCCGCCAAGAGCCCCAAGAAAGCGGCUCCCAAGAAGCCCAAGGCCGUGAAGAAGAGCCCCAAGAAGGCCCCCGCGAAGAAGGCCGCCCCCAAGAAGGCCAAGAAACGCAGACACGUGAGAGGGGGGGAGACUCGUUUCCGUUUGGGGGCGGGGUCGAACUGUUUGAAUGCAGCGCGCGAGCAGCAUUCGCCAAUCCCCUUCAAGCCCAGGCCCUUCAAAAAGCCGCUGCCUCUGUCCCGCGCACACAGUUCGUCUAAACUGAAGACUUUCUUGCAACCAAUAUGGCUAGAACCAAGCAGACUGCCCGUAAAUCCACCGGAGGAAAGGCUCCGAGGAAACAGCUCGCCACCAAGGCUGCCCGUAAGAGCGCUCCAGCCACCGGCGGCGUCAAGAAGCCUCACCGCUAUAGGCCCGGCACCGUGGCUCUGAGGGAGAUCCGACGUUACCAAAAGUCCACUGAGCUGCUGAUCCGCAAACUGCCCUUCCAGCGCCUGGUCAGGGAGAUCGCCCAGGACUUCAAGACCGACCUGCGCUUCCAGAGCUCCGCGGUCAUGGCUCUGCAG